AUGCCAACCAAACUCGUCAAAGUCAGACGCGGCCUCGGCUCAGGUCGAAGUUCCUUGAAAAGCACUACCAAGGCCUCUACAGAAUCCUUGCACGUGGAAAAUAUAUCACCUUUCAAGGAACCUAGCUCCCCGCAGAAGCAGAAGCAGCAGCAGCAGCCGCAGCAGAAAAACGCCGCGACCCUUACGUCUGACCAAGCACGCGCCAUGGUCCUCGACGCCUUUCGCUCAGCUUCCAGUCGACUACAUGUUCAAAACGGAAAAGGAAUACUUGGGUCCAUUGCGCCCCCUCACAACGAGACCGUCACCAAAGGCGCGGCGAGCGGCCCCCAAUCUCCCGAGCUCGUCGACAUUACAACCGCCAGGCCCAGCGACACGGGAGAAAAGGCACCCAGGAGGAGGCAAGUGCAUGUGGCAGAGGCGCAAAAGGCAACUCGGGGUCUGUAUUUGUAUCUGCCUGGACUUGGCUUCAAGUACCAGGACGAUGACAAUGAGCUGGGCCAAUGA